CACUUCCGCUAUUUUCCAUAGUAACCUCACAUGGAAACCAUUCCUCCUGUGUUUUGAGUUUCGGCGGCGACUGGGCGCGCUACCGAGUUCAUCGAAACACAAGUGACUACUUCUGCACCUUUGGUUGAAGUUACGGUUUCGCGACACACCUACAUAAAGAACCAUGAAGAUCGAAGAGGUGAAGAGCACCACGAAAACUCAGCGGAUCGCCUCGCACAGUCACGUUAAAGGACUAGGCUUGGACGAGGCCGGGAACGCCAAACAAGCAGCAUGCGGGUUAGUCGGCCAAGAAGCCGCCAGAGAGGCAUGUGGCAUCAUUGUAGAGCUCAUCCGUUCCAAGAAGAUGGCAGGAAGGGCAGUUUUGCUCGCCGGGCCACCUGGUACUGGAAAGACGGCCCUAGCUUUAGCCAUAGCACAGGAGCUGGGCAACAAGGUGCCUUUCUGCCCAAUGGUGGGCAGUGAGGUCUACUCGUCAGAGAUUAAAAAGACAGAAGUCCUGAUGGAGAACUUCAGGAGGGCAAUUGGGCUGCGCAUCAAAGAGACAAAAGAGGUCUACGAGGGCGAGGUGACCGAGCUGACGCCCUGCGAGACAGAAAACCCGAUGGGGGGGUACGGAAAGACCAUCAGCCACGUCAUCAUUGGUCUGAGGACGGGCAAGGGUACUAAACAACUCAAGUUGGACCCCAGCAUUUACGAGAGUCUGCAGAAGGAGCGCGUGGAGGUGGGAGACGUCAUCUACAUUGAAGCCAACAGUGGUGCUGUCAAGAGACAAGGUCGCUGUGACACCUUUGCCACAGAGUUUGACCUGGAGGCUGAGGAGUAUGUGCCGCUGCCGAAGGGAGAUGUGCACAAAAAGAAGGAGAUCGUCCAAGAUGUCACGCUGCAUGACCUCGACGUGGCAAAUGCCAGACCGCAGGGAGGCCAGGACAUUCUUUCAAUGAUGGGACAGCUGAUGAAGCCCAAAAAGACAGAAAUCACAGAUAAACUCAGAGCGGAGAUCAACAAGGUGGUGAACCGCUACAUUGACCAGGGCGUGGCCGAGCUGGUGCCUGGCGUAUUGUUUGUGGAUGAGGUCCACAUGCUGGACAUCGAGUGCUUCACAUACCUCCACCGUGCGCUAGAGAGCACCAUCGCCCCCAUUGUUGUGUUUGCCUCCAACAGGGGAAACUGUCUCAUCAGGGGAACUGAAGACAUCAGCUCACCACAUGGGAUUCCGCUGGACCUACUGGAUAGAGUCAUGAUAAUUCGCACCAUGUUGUACACGCCACAGGAAAUGAAACAGAUCAUCAAGAUCCGCGCUCAGACCGAGGGGCUAGCUAUCAGUGAGGAAGCACUUACACACCUAGCAGAAAUUGGUUCCAAGACCACCCUCAGGUAUGCUGUUCAGCUGCUGACGCCAGCCAGCCUGCUUGGUCGCGUUCAAGGCAAAGAAACAGUUGAGAGGGAGCAGGUAGAGGAGAUCAACGAGCUCUUUUAUGAUGCCAAGUCCUCUGCCAAAAUCCUUCAAGAUCAGCAUCACAAAUACAUGAAAUGAAAAGUUCUACUGCUGGCAAGAUGACAGACUGUUCCUUUCAAUACUGAAUAUUUUUUAGUUUCAUUUCCAUCCUGAUCUUGAUAUUUUCUCCAGUAGGAGGUGGAGUACAAUGUGCUUUUAUUGAUUCUUUUUGACCUAGAACUUUUGAAUAAAAAAAAAAAAUCUGAUCUGAUACUUCCCAGAAAUUUGGCAUUUUUUAUUUUUACAGUGUUUUGGCAUGCACAGUCAUUCCUCUUAAGAAAUAGUCCUGGAACAAACUGACAUUAAUAACAUAUAAAAUAAAAUUCAAACAUGGCAUGAUGACAACUUUGC